AUGGCGGGUGUGCAGGAGCUUCUGGACUGCAUGAUCAGCAGCUGGUAUCCCCGCUUCCAGAGGGUCACCUUCAAGACGGUCAUCCUGCCGCUCCCGCAGCCAGUGCUCGACUGGCUUGUCAGCGACGGCCUGCACCUCCCUCCAGACAGCCAGGCGUUUGCCAAGCGGAGCCCGCUGGAGGAGUAUGCCACGGAGGACGACUAUCAGGAGUGGACCAGCGAGGACGAGGCAUCAGAAGGCAGCGCAGCGCCGCCGCCGCCACCGGAGCUGGCCACGCUGCGGCAGCAGCUGCAGGCGGCGAUCGAGUCGCUGGGCGGGCGGGUGGUGCCCAAGCUGAGCUGGAGCUGCCCCAAGGACGCGGUGUGGAUGAGCCCCUCCGCCUCCCUGUGCUGCGCCAACGCAGAGGAGGUGCUGCUGCUGCUGCGCAGCAGCGACCGAGUCGCGCACGACAUCUGCCACGCGCUGCAGCAGGCGGCAGGGGGCGCCGCAGACGGCGGCGCAGACGGCGGCGCCGAGGCGGGCCCCAGCGGGGGCGCGGCAGCGAGCGCGGCAGCAGGAGGAGGAGCGGCGGUGCCGGCCGUGCAGCACUGCCUGGCGCUGCGCCGCUGGCACGACCUGCAGCCCGGCCGCGAGUUCCGCUGCUUUGUGAGGGGCGGGGAGCUGGUGGGGGCCAGCCAGCGGGACGUCACGCACUGCUACAGCUUCCUGCGGGACGAGCGGCGGGAGCUGGCGGCGGCGCUGCAGGCCUUCCACGCCAGGCACAUCCAAGGCCGCUUCCCGCACCCGCACUAUACCUACGAUGCGUACGUGGCGGCCAGCGGGGCGGUGCGCCUGCUGGACUUCAACCCCCUCAGGGGCACCACCUCGCCGCUGCUCUUCUCGUGGCACGAGCUG